CAAACUGUUGGGUGGAGGUAUAGAGAGUAUGGCUAUUACUGAGGCCUUUGGAGAGUUCCGCACAGGGAAAACCCAGCUGUCCCACACACUCUGUGUCACUGCCCAGCUGCCAGGCGAGGACGGCUACUCCGGUGGAAAAAUUAUCUUCAUCGACACAGAGAACACCUUUCGCCCGGACAGGCUGAGAGACAUUGCUGACAGGUUUAAUGUGGACCACGGUGCUGUGCUGGACAACGUGCUUUAUGCCCGGGCCUACACCAGUGAACACCAGAUGGAGCUGCUGGACUUUGUCGCUGCAAAGUUUCAUGAAGAAGGAGGAGUGUUUAAAUUGUUGAUCAUCGACUCCAUCAUGGCUCUGUUCAGAGUCGACUUCUCCGGCCGUGGAGAGUUGGCUGAGCGGCAGCAGAAACUGGCCCAGAUGCUCUCGAGGUUGCAGAAGAUCUCUGAAGAGUACAACGUAGCUGUGUUUGUUACCAACCAAAUGACGGCUGAUCCUGGAGCAGGAAUGACAUUUCAAGCAGAUCCCAAGAAGCCCAUAGGUGGACACAUCUUGGCCCACGCCUCCACCACACGGAUCAGCCUGAGGAAGGGGCGUGGCGAGAUGAGGAUUGCUAAAAUCUUUGACAGUCCUGAUAUGCCUGAGAAUGAAGCCACCUUUGCCAUCUCUGGUGGAGGAGUUACUGAUGCCAAAGAGUGAAGGAUCCAAUCAAAUAAAGACCCUUAAUAUUCACAUUGUUCCCAGCUCACAUUUUAAGAUAUUUAUUGUUAUUUAAAACCCUAUUUAUUAGUUUUGCUAACCUUAUUUAUAUAACUGAAGUUAUUCAGAUGAUCUCAUUCCGUUGCUUUUUAAAAGAUGUUUUAUUCUUUGCCUUCACUGGUGUUACUUGUGUUUCAGAGAUGUUAAAAUAAAGAGAAGUAAUAAAAGUUAAAUUAAAAUUUA